AAUAUUAACGCUGUAAUCUCACUCUUUGCUAAAGAGAAAUCAGAUUAUUUGCGUGGUCUUCGUUAGCUUACUGUUGUAUUAGCAUAAUGUGGUAUUGUUGAAACACAACCUUGACGUUCGAAAAAUAUCAGGUCCUGGCUUUGGUAGGGAAUUGAGAGUGUCUGGCCCCCACCCAGGUUGAAAGCUUUAACUGGAGAUUAACUAUGCCUUAUCUCUGAGGAUGGGAGGGAGUGGAUCCAAAGCCAAAGGUGUCUGGCCUUUCUCAGGCAGCGGAGUUGGAGGUGAUUCAGCCUGUGAUGGGAAUGAGCAGUCUUUGGCCCGUCUCAAAGGCUCCAGAAAUGCAACCCCCUUCGUGUUUACCAGGAGGAGUUCUUUGUACUAUGACGAGGAUGGUGACCUCGCCCAUGAAUUCUAUGAAGAGACAGUGGUGACAAAAAAUGGCAGAAAAAAGUCAAAGUUGAAGAGGAUCCAGAAAAAUCUGAUACCACAGGGAAUUGUGAAGCUUGACCACCCCUGUAUUCAUGUUGAUUUCCCCAUCAUCCUCUGUGAGGUGUGACAAGUAGUGAUGGACUGAUGAAGAUCUAAGAGGGGCCUUGUUGAGUGUAACUGUGGUACAAGCAGGAAAAGAAAAAUGAUAAACUGAAGGAAAUGUCUAGAAUUUGACUUCCAUCAUGGUCUUUGGAGUUUACCCUGUUCACUAAAAGUUGUAUUUUGACAUUCACAUAAGUAGUGACGAUGCAAGUUGUUUCCACUACCCAGCAGUUUUGCAGCUGACAUGUAAGCAGUUUUGGAGAAUACAUUAAACAAGUGUAUUUCUCUCAUGAGUUGUUACAGGGAAAAACAUGCUUGAUGUGAAAAAGGCUUCAACAGUUUCUGCCUUCUGUGAGAUUUAAGUGUUAGAAUCUGUAUGUGUCUUUGUACAUGUGUGCAAAUAGGUCUGUUUGGGUGAAUGUGUGUGAGGAGGAUGGAAGAUGUAUUCACCAGGUUGGACAGUGAAGGACUGAAAUUUAUUGUACAUAUGGUCAUGUUCUGUAUUGUCAUGUCUGAGUGUGUCUCAGUUACGGAAGCUCAGACCUGCACUAGUGAACAUAAUGUACUAAUGUAAAUAAGGUCAGAUUUCAUAGUCGCAAAUACUUGAAUAAAUGGUUCACUGAGCCGAAUAUC